AACAGAACAUAGGCUAGAUUUAAAAAAUACUAAACCCUCCCCUUGACUGAAAUUGAAAAGGCAUGACCCUCCCUCAUUUUCCUCCAGGUACCCAUACUGUAAAUUUCAAUCUGUCCCUAAACCCCCACCCCUUCAUAUCUCUCUCUCAUAUCGUCCUCUCUCUCUCUCUCAUAUCUCAUCUACUCUUGUUAGAGUGUCUUCUUGCCUCAAGGGUAUCCAGAGAGUGUCAGUGGCGAUUACCUGCAGUAUCAAUUUUGGGAUACUCUUCAGGCCUUCGCCAGUUCUCUUUCAGGUACUCUUGCCACCCAGGCCUCUUUAAGGGGUGUUGGUGUUGGAAACCAAGAGGCAACAGUUGCUGCUGCAACAAUUACCUGGUUAUUACGAGAUGGCACAGGCAUGCUGGGAAGAAUCCUAUUUGCCUGGCUUAAAGGGAAUAAACUGGACUCUGAGGCCAAAAAAUGGAGGCUUGUUGCUGAUGUUCUCAAUGAUAUCGCCAUGUUCAUGGAAAUACUGGCUCCUAACUUCCCAACAUGCUUCACUCUAAUUGUGUGCUCUGCUGGAAUAUUCAAGUCCAUUGUCGGGGUUGCAGGUGGGGCCACCAGAGCUGCUUUGACUCUUCACCAAGCUCGCAGAGACAACAUGGCGGACAUCUCUGCCAAAGAUGGCAGCCAGGAGACUUUAGUGAAUCUGGCUGGACUGCUGGUCAGUCUGAUCCUUAUUCCUCUUGUCACUGACAAUCCACCGCUGACGUUCGUCCUCUUCUUCCUUUUCACCAUCCUACACCUUUGUGCAAAUUACAAAGCAGUGCGUUCAGUUGUCAUGGAGACACUCAACGAGGCUCGGCUUGCUAUUGUGCUCCACCAAUACCUGAGAGAUGGACGGGUCCUCGGUCCACUAGAGGCCAAUCUUAAAGAGCCUGUAUUAUUGGAGUUCAGGAGGACAGUGCCAGUCAAACUGGGAGUGAGGCUAGGGGAACUUAUUUAUACGUCAGAGGACCUUAUUUUGGCCAUGAAAAACAACCACAAGCCCUUCCUUAUCGGAGUCAAACGUGGCUCUGUGUGUGUUUGUUUGGGACCAGAUGCAUCUGUAUGUGAUGAGAUUAGGGCUGUGUGCCAAGCAGUGUGCCUCUGCACUGUGUUACACCCUGUCUCGCCACUAGAGGGGGCUCUCAAACAACUCUCAAUGUCACACAGCAACAAUCAUUGGGAGCUGGUGCAUGAGAGUCAUAAACUUAUGGACCAAAUUUUUCAGCCAUUCCUCAAAGCUCUGGAGGUAGCUGGAUGGCAGACCAGUCGAACCCUACUGGACUGGAAUGAAUGGAGGGUGGAGUGGAAGAAGAAGAGCAGUUAAAGGAGUGGCAGGGUCUCUGGAGAGCAACAACUGCAAGGCAAUAGGCUGAGCUCUCUAUCAAACAUUCAUUGUUGACAUGCUCAAAGAUUAAUAUGCUCAGAUUCAUUUAAAGGUUUUUGUCCUUUUAUGGUACAUUUUAUACAAACAACUUCAGAAUAAACUUGACCAUAACUUUAACCAUCUUAUGUCCAGUGUGAUAUUACCAGCCCCUGAAAGUAAAGCCUCUGACUAGCCUGAUACAUCAUCCAGUGAUAGCCAGCAAGCUAGUCACAGUCUGACAUAAUGCAAUACAAUACAUCUUUGGAAACGGUUCUCUCAUGACCUUUGGAAACCAGAAUAUUGAAUAAAAUUACAUUUGAACUUUGUCUGAC